UAUCGAACUCGUAUCGUUUCAUCCAAGGUGUAUUUAUUCCAUCCCUAUCCUUGCCAUUUUUGGGGCAAUAAGAUUAAAAAUAGGUUAUAAAUAAGUGAGGAAAACUUGACAAAAUGCAAUGCCGUGCGUGCAUGGACACCGAUGGUGAAUUCACGGAAAUGAGCCUAUCUACGCAGGGGGAUGGUAAGACGCUUUACGACUACUUUAACGCAUGCACCCAGCUUCACGCCACAGACUUCGACAAUCUGCCAAGAUCUCUAUGCUCACGGUGUGUCCAAGAUGUGCAAAUAUUCUUUAACUUUAGGCAAAAAGCUCACAAAUCAAAUGAUGAACUAAAAAGACUAUGCACUGUACAUGAACUAAAAUUAGAACAAAUUUAUAAUGAGCAGCUAGAGAUUGCUGUGGAGGGUUCGGCGGAUCCCUUAGCUGUGGUGGAAUUCCAAGAUAUACAAGAGAAUGUAACCGAAUUAAAACCUACAUUUAUAUUUGAGCCUGAAUUGGAUUUACCAAUGGAUGAUAUCAAAGUCGAAAACUUGGCUGUUUCGUCGAGUAAAGAAUCAAACAAUAUCCAGAUUGUAAGCGACAUUGCCAAUAGAUCCCAGCUUGUCAAAGAAACAAAAGCAAAGGUUCGAAGAAGAUACAAGGGGCCAUAUCAAUGUGAAUUUUGUGAAUGUUCCCUUAAAACAAGAAAGGAGUGGAAAAAUCAUAUUUUUGAAGCUCAUAAGAGUGAAGUAAUAUGCAUGGAGUGCCAAAAAGUAUACGAUCUGCCAAGAGAUUUGCAGAGGCACAAAAAGCUGGUUCAUGGCACUGAACCGUCAAUACAGUGUCCUUGGUGCAAGAAACCCAAACAUUUAUUAAGAUGCCAAAUAGUCCAGCAUUUCAAACUGAAGCACAACAAUCCAUACCUCAAAUAUUUUCCCCGUAAGCGAGUGAUGCGCUCUCUCCAAUUAUACGAAUGUAAUUAUUGCUAUCAAGACUUCGCUUCCAUGCCUGAAUUGGUUGAACAUAUAAAAAAUCAUACAUUUGACUGCCCUGUAUGUUCAGUACGUUUCUCAAAAAAGACAACCUGUAUGGCCCACAUUAGAAGGAUUCACAAAUACACGGCUGAUAUUUUGAAACCAAGUUUGGGUGGAACUGUCGAAAUGGAGAAGCCAUAUAAAUGCACAAAUUGUUCAGCACAAUUCAGUUUCGAAAGAAAUUUGCAUGCGCAUCUUAAGAACGAGCAUCAUGACCAAAACAAAGAAUCGGAAAAUGAAGGAGAAUCCCCUUCUGAUUUAAAAAUAAGUAGCAUGCGCUUUAAAAGAGGAGCCACCAAAGAAACGAUUGAUAAAAGGGGAAAAUGUGAAAACCGAGUGAAUAUUGCUACUACAUCUUCAAAUUGUGGUAGUUCUGCGAAGGAUUCAGAAAGUGAUAGUGACUGCAGCGAACAGGAUGCAAUAACCAAAAAUAAAAGAACAUACCUUUGUUCUUAUUGCCCCAGACAACUAUCAUCGCCGCGUGCUGUACAAACACAUGAAAUGACAGUCCACUCGAGUGAAGCAUCGAAAAAUAAGGAAGAAUGCCCGAUUUGUCAUAAGAAGUUUUAUCGAGCUUAUAUAAAAAAUCAUAUUAGAACAGUUCAUGUGACAGAGCGCAAAAGCGUUUGUGAUAUUUGUGGUGAUUCCUUCAAAAAUAAUGCCCAACUUUGCGUGCACAAGCUUCUACACAAGAAGCGCAACUUCCCAUGUACAGUAUGUGAAAAGGCUUUUACGUCCAAUAGUGUACUGAAUAUACAUAUGCGCAGUCAUACGGGGGAAACGCCGUACGCUUGUCAUCUGUGUGAUCGUCGUUUUAAAAUUAAAAUAUACCUUAAAUAUCAUCUACAGCAACACGCUGGCUUCAAAAGGAAGUGCGAGGAAUGUGGUGAGGAGUUCAAUCACAUUGGACAAUUGAAAGUGCAUAUGUAUAAGCAUAAAGGCAUGCCAUAUAGAUGCCCUGUUUGCGAUUAUGCCACACCGAGACGAAUUUAUUUUACAAAACACUUGCUGGGCGUGCAUGGUAUGACUAUGUCAGAGGACGAAUUGAGCGAUAUGUUCAAAGAGCAUACAGGUCGAUACCCUCGUGUUAAGAAUUCUGCAGGUUUGCUAAUGGAGGAAGACAACAUCAACGAAGAAAAUGUCGCUUUAAAUGAGUAUUAAUGCUGUUUAAAAUUUGUAUAUUAAACAAAUUUGACUAUUGUAGUGGUUGAAACGGGUAAUUUCAAAA